UCAGACAUCGAUGGCUUGGGAAGCAGUACGGUUGGUGGCCAGUUGAUGGCAUCUGCUUCAGCUCAAUCUCCUCUUUCCCAGAAUCAGAAGACAGAUGAUUCUGUUGUUGCAGGAGUUGCUUUUGCCCGAUACCUCUUAAUUGGCUGUUGGAAGAACUUGAUUGACACAUUAUCCACACCGCUGACUGGUCGCAUGGCAGGCAGCUCCAAGGGGCUGGCAUUCAUCUUGGGAGCAGAAGGAGCCAAAGAACAGAACCAAAAGGAGAAGGACUCCAUAUGUUUGAGCCUGGAUGGACUGAGGAGGGCAGCCCGCCUGAGCUGUGCCCUAGGAGUUGCUGCUAACUGUGCAUCUGCUCUUGCCCAAAUGGCUGCUGCAUCCUGUGUCCAAGAAGAGAAAGAGGAAAAAGAAAUCCAAGAGCCCAGUGAUGCUAUAGCUCAAGUGAAACAGAAAGUGGAGCAGAAACUGGAGCAGAUGGGAAAAGUGCAGGGUGUCUGCCUACACACUGCUCAUGUUUUGUGUAUGGAUGCAGUCCUAAAUGUGGGCCUGGAGAUGGGAAGCCACAAUCAAGACUGCUGGCCUCAUGUGUUCAGGGUGUGUGAGUACAUCAGCACUCUGGAGCACACCCAUUUCAGUGAUGGCACCUCCCAGCCCUGCCUUACCAUUACCCAGUCACAGCAGGCACCUGGAGGCCCACACUCAGACACUGAGCUGGGAGAGGCUUCUCAAGAACAGACCCCUGAGCAGGAGACCACCCUCAGCAGUAAUCCUGUCAUUCAGCCAGUUUCCAUCCAGGAACUUGUCAAGGAGAGCAGUAAAGGCAGAGCUUUUGACUUCCGUGGAGGCAGCCUGCUGUGUGGGACCAGUGCUGCUAAGGCUGUUCUCACACUCUCCACACAAGCAGACAGGCUCUUUGAAGAUGCUGCUGAUAAGUUAAAUUUGAUGGCACUGGCAGGCUUCCUUUACCAGCUCAAGAAGGCUUCUCAGGCCCAACUUUUCCAUUCUGUCACAGAUACAGUUGAUUACUCCCUAGCAAUGCCAGGAGAAGUAAAAUCCACCCAGGACAGGAGAAGUGCACUUCACUUGUUCCGACUUGGUGAUGCCAUGCUCAGAAUUGUGAGGAGUAAAUCCCGCCCACUGCUCCACCUCAUGCGCUGCUGGAGCCUGGUGGCACCUCACCUGGUGGAGGCUGCCUGUCACAAGGAGAGGCAUGUGUCUCGGAAGGCUGUCUCCUUCAUCCAUGACAUCCUUACCGAAGUGCUGACGGACUGGAAUGAGCCUUCUCAUUUUCAUUUUAAUGAGUCACUUUUCCGCCCCUUUGAGCGUAUCAUGCAGCUGGAGCUGUGUGAUGAGGAUGUGCAAGACCAGGUGGUCACCUCCAUAGGAGAGUUGGUGGAAAUGUGUUCUACCCAGAUCCAGUCAGGAUGGAGACCCCUGUUCAGUGCCCUGGAAACAGUUCACAGCGGCAAUAAGUCAGAGGUUAAAGAGUACCUUGUAGGAGAAUACUCUAUGGGGAAACGCCAGGCCCCAGUGUUCGAUGUCUUUGAAGCAUUUCUAAACACUGACAGCAUCCAGGUCUUUGCCAAUGCCGCCACCAGUUAUAUUAUGUGCCUUAUGAAGUUUGUGAAAGGACUGGGGGAAGUAGAUUGUAAGGAGAUGGGUGACUGUGUGCCAGGAUCAGGAUCAGCAUCUACAGACUUGUGCCUUCCCGCGCUUGAUUACCUCAGGAGAUGUUCUCAGUUGUUAGCCAAAAUCUACAAAAUGCCCUUGAAACCUAUUUUCCUCAGUGGCCGGCUGAUUAAUAUGCCCCGAAGAGUGCAGGAGCAGUCAGCCAGCAGUGAGGAUGGUAUUGAGUGCAUCCUUUCUGACUUUGAUGAUGACACUGGCCUUAUCAAUGUCUGGAUUAUUCUGCUGGAAGAAUUAACAACUGCCAUAUCCAACUGUCCCCGCCAGCACCAACCUCCAACUCUAGAUCUGCUCUUUGAAUUGCUGCGGGAUGUUGCCAAGACACCUGGCCCAGGAUUUGGCAUUUACGCAGUUGUACAUCUUCUUCUUCCUACAAUGUCCCUUUGGCUCCAUCGCAGCCAUGGUGACCAUUCUUACUGGGAUGUGGCAUCUGCUAAUUUCAAGCACGCCAUUGGCCUUUCUUGUGAACUCGUAGUGGAGCACAUUCAAAACUUCAUACACUCAGAUAUUGGUUAUGAAAAUAUGAUCAAUACUAUGCUAAAAGAUCUUUUCAAGUUGCUGGUCGCCUGUGUAGCAGAACCAACAGAAAUUAUUUCCAGAGUUGGCUGCUCUUGUAUCAGGUAUGUAUUAGUGACAGCAGGACCUGUUUUUACUGAAGAGAUGUGGAGGCUUGCAUGUUGUGCCUUGCAGGAUGCAUUCUCUGCCACUCUGGAGCCAGUAAAGAACCUAUUGGGCUAUUUCCACAGUGGUUCUGAAAGCUUUAGUGGAGACGCCUGUGAAGUGAAGGUGGCAGCCCCCUCCCUCUCGCCGAGUGCUGAGGCUGAAUAUUGGAGAAUCAGAGCCAUGGCACAACAGGUCUUCAUGCUGGAGACUCAGUGCUCCCCAAAGACCCCUAGCAACAAGGAGGGGUUUGAACAUGCCCAAUCAUGUGUGCUUGUCAUUGACCUGCCACCAGAUAAGAAACCAAAUGGGCAUACCCAGAGAAGGUAAAAUAUCUUCUCAGGAGAACACUAUGUUGUUAAAAACAAGGUAAAAUUAUUGUCAGGCUGGCAGAGAUGGGAACAGAGGCUGUGCCUUUCUACAGGUCUCU